AUAAAAUGCUGUUGAAGCUUUCUAACAUUCUUGUCUGUAGUCAUAUUCCAGUUCUUUUACUAAAAUAAAUAAACAAAGACAUCCAAGAUUUAUUGCUAGGCAGACAAUAUGUUUUAGUUCUAAUUUAUUUUUUAAUGUGGAAUUAGGGAUUAAUUUGUAAAAAAAUGGAAGAAUGUGAAGUGUGUUUGAAGAUUGCUUAUAAAGCCUUAUUGCACUCAAUGAAAUAGCCGGCAUGUAAUAAACUGGCUGGGGAAAGGCAUAUGGAACUUAUAUUUCUAUGUGCUAAGUUCAGAGCUGAUACUCAUGGAUGUUACUAGCAGUUGAAGCAGUUCCUGAUAGUUGUAAUAUCACUAAUAAUAUUUACAAACUGGUGACAAUCACACACUAUCUUCCUCUACUCUUUGUGGCAUGAAGAGUUGCAUCUUAAAUUAUCUUUUCCUAUAUUGAGUCCAUUUUCUAAUUGAAAGUAGAAAUUAAUCCCUCCAGGGCUUCAUACAACUGUACAAAAUACUAAUUGUUCCUUUGGGGGAGUAAAAGUCUUAUCUUCUACUUUCUGUUUUUCACUGCUCAGAGGAAGUGGGAUUAUGCUUCUCAGCCUGUUUAUAACAAACAGUUAUAAAACCAACUGUGAUUGGUUAAUUCUAAGCAGAAAUGAACAGCAAUGCACGAAUAGCUUGUUGCUGUACAUCCUGUGCCUGCUCUAUAUUAGGACACUUCCACAUUUUAAGUGUGGCUCAUCAAAUUGCAUGCAGUGUCAGAAACAAAUCAAGUCUAAUUGAUUCAUAAAAGCAAUUUUUAAUUGAAAAAGAAAGUAAUAAUAACUUUUGGGCAGAAAAUAUUUCCUGGGAGUCAUAAAGAUGGCAUGAUUGGAAAGAAAAAAAAAAAAUAAGCUGGGUUGCUGACACAACAUGGAAGAACCAUUCACUGUGAGUUCCUUGAAAAAGCUAGCAGCUAUUCCUGACCACACAGAUAUUUCCUUGAGCCCAGAGGAGCGUGUCCGUGCCUUAAGCAAGCUUGGCUGUAAUAUCACAAUAAAUGAAGACAUUACACCCCGACGCUACUUUAGAUCUGGAGUGGAGAUGGAGCGCAUGGCUUCUGUCUAUCUGCAAGAGGGAAAUCUUGAAAAUGCCUUUGUUCUCUACAAUAAAUUUAUAACUUUAUUUGUAGAAAAGCUGCCAUGUCAUCGGGACUACCAGCAAUGUGCAGUUCCAGAGAAACAGGAUAUUAUGAAGAAAUUAAAGGAUAUAGCAUUUCCAAGGACUGAUGAAUUGAAGAAAGAGUUGUUAAAGAAAUACAGUGCAGAAUACCAGGAAUAUAUGCAAGAUAAGAACAAAUGCACAGCUGAGUUACUGAAGAAACUAGAGCAACAGAAAUUGAUUGAGGCAGAAAAGAAGCGAAUUGCACAGAUCCGUCAACAGCAGCUGGAAACAGAGCAGUUUCAUUUCUUUGAAGAUCAGUUAAAAAAACAAGAAUUAGCUCGUGGUCAGAAAACUAAGAAUAAUUCAGUUACAUCAGAGCCAGCUGAGGGGAACAUGUUGUCAUCUGUUGCACAUCUGAACAAUUCUUUCCCCAAAAUAAUAGCAAACAAGAGUGAUGCUUCUGCUAGUCAAUCUCCUCCAAUCAGUCGGGCCUUAAAGCCAGCUGCUACCUUAAGUGCCGUUCAGAAUGCUGCUGCUGAAGGACUGCGAAAUGUGGUUCUACCCAGUGAUCUUUGUCACAGGUUUUUGCUGCUCGCAGAUGCAAAUACAGCAAGAGGAAUAGAGACGUGUGGCAUUCUCUGUGGAAAACUGACUCAUAAUGAAUUCACUAUCACUCAUGUAAUCGUACCAAAACAGUCUGCAGGACCAGACUAUUGUGACAUGGAGAAUGUGGAAGAGCUAUUCGGUGUUCAAGACCAACAUGAUCUUCUCACCCUGGGAUGGAUCCAUUCCCAUCCAACCCAGACUGCAUUCUUAUCCAGUGUUGAUCUUCAUACACAUUGUUCUUAUCAGCUGAUGCUGCCAGAAGCCAUUGCAAUUGUUUGUUCACCAAAACAUAAUGAGAUGGGAAUCUUCAGACUUACUAAUGCUGGCAUGUUGGAAGUUUCUGCUUGUAAGAAGAAGGGCUUUCACCCUCAUACCAAGGAUCCUAGGCUAUUUAAUUGCAUCCAGAUGGUCCAAUUCACGUCAUCAGACAGCUUGGAGAAAUAUCAAAUUUAUAUUUUGGCAGGAAGAUUGAAAAGAAUGGCACCAGGACUGAGAUUAGUCCAACAAUAUUUAGAUAUGUGUUGAAGGUUGUUCAUUUCAUACAUUAAUAUAUUUGAUCAUUUGAGUAGAAAGGGGAAAUUACAAACUGGGGCAAAGUGAAACAUUCCGGCAGGGAAGAGUUUAGAAAUUCUGCAAAACUGUUAAAAGGCAAAUAUUACCUCAUAGACGGGGUAAAAGACCCUUCCAGAGGGCCAGAUACAGGAUGCGGAAAUUAAAGUGGGACCUGCUAAUUUUCUAUAGCUGUAGUUCCCAACCCAUCACCUUCCAGAUGUUUUGCACUGUUGUCUGUAGAAUUCAGAGUUUGUUAACAAGAUAGUCUGAGAGCCUUUUCUUCACUAUUCAUGUCUUGUUCAUAUUCUACAUUUCCAUAAAAGUUAAAGAUAUACCACUCAAUGUCACUCUGAGUGAGAUGGAUGUUCUCUAAAUUUUUUAGAUAAAUGUCAAAUCAUUUGUUUAGAAUUAAAAUGUAAACAUGUCUCUGGAAAGAGAUAAACUGUAUUAAAAACUAACAUAAUUCCCCAGAUUGUUGGAAUGUGAGUGGGGAGAGGGAUUGUCUAUUUCCAUAUAAUAAAGAUAUAGAUUUAAUAGAUACUUAUCCAUUUUCAAAGUGAAAUUACUCCUCUUUCUACCAUAGAAACCAAGAUUGGAUGAUAGCCAUUUGUCCCAUGAAACUGUUUAUAUUAGCCUACAAAAAAAAGUAAAUUACCUUUCUUAUAGAUGAUAAACCUUCCUACCUCCCAGCAUCCUCAGGGGUUUUUAUGGAGAAAGAUAAUCAGAAGAAUUAGGUCUGUUAAAUCAUGGAUACCACCAAACCAGAUGAGCAAUAUAGUUAGGUUUACACUGAUCAGAAAUCUUGGAAGUAGGUAGCAGUACCUAAAUAAUGUUGUUGUUAAUUGUUGUUGUUAAUUGCGAAGUCGUGUCCGACCCAU